UUCAGUGUAUCCUGUUCAGCUGUGGGUUUGACCGCUGCACAAGAAAUCACUUUCCUAAAACCCAACAAUUGCAAUUAAUUGUUUAUGACAUUCGUACGGUUUUCGACUGUGCCGUGUAUUAGUUCCGUUUUUUCAGUUGCUUGUGCUUGCCGUGCGGUUGUUUCAGUUGAUGGUUGAUCGUUGGCUGGCUGCAAAAAGGAGAGGCCCACCAAUAAAACAGAUCCUACAACGCCGAUAUGAAACAGUUACAAACUGCCAAAUCUACAUGAGCAAUUGGAAUGUUGCAAAUUCGCUACUACCUAAACGUUCGACCACCAGGCCGCAAAAAGCAUUGAGUUAUCGCGUACCUCAUUAAACCGCACCCCGGACAAAACCGAGACCAGUUCAAAAUGUAUCACAACAGAAAAAUACUGCUGACGUUGUUAGGCGUGUGUUCGAUGUUCAUAAUAUUUGCGCACGUGGUGUCGAACAACGGCGUCCCGGUCAUCAGAGAGAUGCAACAGUCGGGCAGGAACCUGGCCAGCCUGGACUCCAACACGCUGCCCAUCGUCCAGGACGACGGCACGGACGUGAAAACGGAGAAGGCCCCGGACGAUGCGGCGAACGUUGAGAAACGGGUCGAGAGGACGAUGUACGACCGAGUGUUGGACGUGGUGAAGUGCAUGGACAGGCCGAUGGUGCCGAAGACGCAGCAGCGUGGCGACUAUUGGGUGCUCUACAAUUACAUCACGGCGAAUAGACGGUUCAGGUGCCACGAAAGUGUCACGUACACCACACACGCGGACUAUUCCUUCAUGGAUAACAUAGUGCCAUUGUUGGAGAGGUGGCGCGGCCCGAUCAGCAUUGCCAUCCAUGCGCCCGGUACCGAUUUCGAGAACACCAUCGAAUCCAUCGGUUACCUGAGAGACUGCACCGAUCCCCUGGUCAAGGAGUUCGUCACUUUUCACGUGUAUUUUAGCACCAAACACGUGCCCAAAGUGGUACCAAAACAUGAGAAAGUACUGAACGAGCCGUACAACUGUUCGAUACCGCCGCCGUACGCGAACGUCUCCUCCGAUCAGAUGUACAAGACGCAGAAGAAUCUCCUCUACCCGGUGAACGUCGGCAGGAACGUGGCGCGGGAAAUGGCCCAAACCCACUUCAUCCUCCCGUCCGACAUUGAACUGUAUCCUAGUCCUAAUUUAAUCACUAAGUUCCUAACCAUGGUGGCCGAGAACAAGGGCCCGUUGCUCGGCAAGAACCCCAAGGUUUAUCCGCUGCAUCUGUUCGAAGUCAGUGCCAAUCAACAGAUCCCCGAGAGCAAGACGCAGCUGAAGGAGAUGCUGGGGAACGGUACUGCGAUACCGUUCCACAAGAACCUGUGCCCGAGCUGCCACAACAUCCCGAAAGCGAAAGAGUGGCAGAACGCGGACGAAACGGUGGGACUGCACGUGUUCCACGUGGGCAAAAGGAACGGGAAGUUCAUCCAUUGGGAACCUAUAUUCAUCGGGACCCACAGCGAUCCUCUCUACGACGAGAGGUUGAGUUGGGAGGGCAAGAGCGACAAAAUGACCCAGGGUUACGCACUGUGCGUGAUGGAUUAUGAUUUUCUGAUAUUGGACAACGCAUUCCUGGUCCACAAACCGGGAAUAAAGUUGUAUAAAAAGGAUUCGCGUCGCGCCACGCUCUCCGCAAAAACCAAUCAGUUGAUCAAAAAGAUCAUCUACCCCGAACUAAAGGUCCUCUAUGGCAUAAAGAAAGGCUGUGCUGUGUAAAUUAUUAUGAAUUUUUAGCCAUAUUAUAGUAAAUCAGUGUACUAUUUGUGCAGUAAUUUUAAGGGUUUUCUGUUAAAUAAGAAUGUGAUUUAUUUUAAUAAUUUAUUAGCACCGUACCACCGAAAUUACACUACACGACUUGUUCAGUUGUUUCAAGAAUUUGUAUACAUAGCUUUAAUGUUUUAUACAGUAAGGUAUAAUUUUUGCCAAACAACUAGAAAAUAAUGAACGAUAUAUUUUACGAUUGAAUCGCUUGCUUAGACUGUGACUUGACUUGAGACUCGUAUAUAUAUAUACUUUAGACUACCAAUUAUAAUAUUUUUAUUAUUUAAAAGCAACUGCAUAUUAAUACAAUAUGUAUUUUGUUGAUUUGCUCAUUUAUGAACCCGCAGCGUAAGAUGUGAUUAAGUUUAUUACCUAUAUAAUGUUAAAUUAUAUUGUAAAGUCAUGCUUAUGUGUUAAGAGAUUCUUAUGGGUAAUUCUAAAGUAAAGUACCUAUAGAUGUAUUUGUUUUGCCAUAAUAUAUAGACACUAUUGUAUUGAUGUGUAAUCAUAUAUUUUCUAUUGGAGAUUAUCAAGAAUCUAACAUGUACAAAUUAUACUUAAAGAUUGUUUAAAAUUUAGACAACCACCAAAGGUUUUUUACUGUUAUCGUUUGGCUGUACACUGGAAUUGACGCUAAAUUUUAAACACCUUUUUUUAGUAUUAUUUUUUGAUCAAUUUCUGAUAGAUUUACAAUUUUAAUCCUAAUAUUUACGACUGGUUUAAAAGUCUGGAUUAUUUAUUUACAGAAAUUAUAGAUAUUUUUGUUUGCUCACAAUUUUACUUCAAAAAGUAAAAUCCCAACGUACUUAGAAGAACAUAUUUAGUAUUAAGAUGUAUUAUUUAUUGUAUUUUUUGUUUUAUUUUUGCUGUAUUAGCAUUGAUUGUGCCUUACCAAGUCAAUCUGGUGAUGAAGAUAUAUAAACAAUACUUUUAUACAACUAUAUUAAACUAAAGUUUCAAAUAAAAACUAAGUACUUAA